AUACACACACAAAUAUGAAUAAGCAAAUGAAGAGCAUACACACACACACACACACACACAUAUAUAUAUAUAUAUAUAUAUAUAUAUAUUGAACUAAAUUUCGUCAAAGAAAUAAAAAUCAAGUAAUGGAGAAGAGUGUGAAGGUGUGUGUAACUGGAGGUGCAGGUUACAUUGCCUCUUUUCUCAUCAAGCAUCUCUUAGAGAGAGGCUACACUGUUCAUGCCACUCUUCGAAGUUUGAACGAUGCUUCAAAAGUGGGACUAUUGAAAGGGCUUGAUCAUGCAGAAACAAGAUUGAAAUUGUUUGAAGGUGAUAUAUAUAAUCCUACUGAAUUUGCAGCUGCUAUUCAUGGCUGUGAGUUUGUGUUUCACGUAGCUACGCCAAUGCAACACGAAGGCGGCAAGUACAAGAGCACUAGUGAGGCGGCAGUGGCUGGGGUGAAGAUCAUAGCUGAAAGUUGCAUCGAAUCCAAGAUGGUGAAGAGGCUCAUCUACACCGCCUCUGUGAUGGCGGCGUCGCCCUUGAAAAGCGACGCCUCCGGCUACGAGGAUGCCAUCGACGAGUCUUGUUGGACCCCUCUCAAUCUCUUCUAUGAAAUGCACUCUGACUAUAUAUACUCGAAGACAUUAGCUGAGAAAGAGGUCUUGAGCUACAACGGCCUUGGGAUCGAAGUGGUGAGCCUCGCCUGUGGGCUCGUCGGAGGCGAAACGAUCCAAUCUUUAGUCCCUGGAAGUAUGAGAACCUUAAUCUCACAAGCAUUGAGUGAUGAAACAUUGUACAAAGGUUUGAGAGCAUUGGAAGAUUUGGAUUCAAAGGUUCCAAUUGCACACGUGCAAGAUGUUAUCGAUGCACAUAUUUUUGCAAUGGAGAAUUCAAACAUGAAUGGCAGAUUUCUUGUUGCUAGUGAUUUCCUCAAAUCAACUGAGAUUGCUUCUUUUAUUAUGAAAUAUUAUCCGGACAUAAUCAUCCUCCCAGAGUUGAUUGAAGAUACAGAGAGAGAAACAAAGUGGGGUUCAACAAAGCUGAAUGCAUUGGGAUUUCACUACAAAUUUGAUGCUGGUCAGAUUAUAUAUGAUAGCAUUUCAUGUGCCAAGAGACUGGGUGCAAUAUAAUUUGAAUGCAUAUCCGAGUUUCAUGUAAUCAACUUCUAAUUAGAAGUUAAAUUACAAUCAUAAUACAUUUAUUGACUAUGAUAAUAUUCCAGACUGGGAUCUGAUAAAAAACAAUUCUAUAUAAAUAAAGAGCGAUAAUAUUUGGCCAUAAUAUGGGUGGCCAUAAUAGCUUUAAACUUAAUGUAUUUAAAUAUUUUGUUCAAAAUAAAAAUAGAAUGUUGCUAGUUUUAUUAUUUA